CGGCGGUUCUUCUGGGGUCCUUCCAGCGCGGAUUAAAUCGACAACAAGCCCAAAUUGCUGUCAUUUGCCGUUAAUUUUAGCCAUUUAUAUCCUAUUUAAACGAUUUAGAUAUGUCCGGUAGAGAAGGAGGUAAAAAGAAACCACUGAAGGCGCCCAAGAAACAAAACAAGGAAAUGGAUGAUGAAGACGUUGCCUUCAAGCAGAAGCAGAAGGAAGAUCAGAAAGCCAUGGAGGCGCUGAAGGCCAAAGCGUCUGGAAAAGGACCCUUAGCCAGUGGUGGGAUCAAGAAGUCGGGGAAGAAGUAAAGUCUGAAGAUGAUGUUGUUGCCUAGCAACCUUCAGUUUGUUUUUCACUG